UGAAAUGAUGAAUUAGAAUUUCAAGAAUUAGUUUUAAAUUGCUUAAGAGCACUGUUUAGUCGAUUUAAAGCAUAGUUAGUGCCAAAGACAGAGAUGAAGUAAUUCUUAGUUUAAUAAUUUUAUUAGAGUAAAAUAUGAAUAUAAAUCUGACUGGAAUCUAUCAAAUCCAAUAAGAGUAGAUAAAACAGGAACAGAAAUUCAGUAAUUAUUUUUUAUAUAAAAGUGCAUAUAAAACCAAUUAUAAUGUUAUUUUCAAAUAAAAAUUAAAAUAAGAGUAAAUUAAAUAAAAAAUAGCUGAAUUAGACGGAGCAGAUUUCGCAAAAGCAUUAACAAUCCAUAAAUCUUUUAAAAUAAAGUUAUAUUAUAUAUUAUAAAGACGAUAUUAGAAAUAUAAUUUAAUAUUACUAUGGAUUUUUUUAUUAGAAAGAAUACUAAUAAUAUUAUAAAUUUUAGAUUUACCAAAUAAGUUAGCUUUUAUAAUUUUCGCUUGCUUAUAUGACUUUAUAACUGUCUUGUAAUUACUCAACUAAUUAGUUGAAUUUUUUCAUAAUACUUUCUUAUUGAAGAAAAAUACUUCUUUUUUUUCUUCUAUUUAAAAUUAUUUUAUUUGUUAUUAAAUAAAGAGUUGA